UUCAGCAGCGGCGCGGAGAGAGCGAGCGCGGCGCGGAGGGCGGCCCGGCCCGUGUGUCCCCCGCCGCUGCGAAGCCGCCGCGGCGACUUCCCAAACUUUCCCGGGUCGGCACCGAGGAUGCGGCCCCCGCGGCGCCUCCGUCCCCGCCCGAGCGCGCCGGCCGCGCUUCCCCCGUUGCCGCCUAUUUUAUGUCUUUUGUCUCGGAGUUGGCACCUGUCCCAGAGAGCGCGUUUCCCUGCCCACCCCUUCGCCGCCGGAUCAGGGCGGGGGAGGGGGUACGGGGGACCUGGAGAGGAGGGGACGGGUUGGGGGGGGAGCAAGGCGCCUACGGCCCCGCAGCCCGGGGAGACCGCCCGGGGGCAGCGGCCGUGACGCGCUCCCGGGCGCCCCUGUUCCGCGGGGAGGUCAGGGCUUCGGCUGUGCCCGGAAUACCAACAAGGCCGCCCGGGGCCCCCGGCCGUGCCCGCUGCGGAAACAACUUCCUGCUCCCCCGGCCCAGGGCGCAGGAGCUGCGGGGAGAAGUUCUAGGCCGCAGCUUUGCUAUCUUGGAGCCGGACGACGACACUGCUGCCCACGGCCGCGCGGUUCCUUCCCGCGCCCUCUCCCGCGGUCGCGACCAGCCGGGCUCCAGGGUCCGGACACUGGUUAGAGUGACAAGAAGGCCGCAGCUGCUUUUUCUGCCUGCUCCGCAGGAGCGCCUGAGUGGUUUCUGGCGCUUAGGGACGCCGACACGGGGUCGCUGUGCUCGGACCCCAUCCCCCUGCCUGGGCAUGCCCUCUCUCGGAGCCAGAUGGACCUGGUUGUCCCCGGAUGCCCGCGACAGGGGCCCGAGAGAAAGAAGGCCUCCUGGGCCCCAUCCCAGUGUCUCUCUGUGCCUGUCUCCCCGCCCCCCCCCCCAGCCGGCCUUGGCAUUCUAACCAGUGUCCCUUGACGUCACAUCUCGCCAUUUCUGUCAACCAAUUGAAACUUGCCCGUUGUCAUAAAAAUAUAUAUACUUUUUAUGCCA